AUGGCAGAACCUCAGUCGUGCCUGGACGAACAAGUGUUACAGGCACCAUCUGAACAUUUGGAUUCUCCCUUUCAAUUAGCGUUAAAAUACGCGUUCUUAAUUGCUGUGAAAAUACUGCAUGAAACUGGACAUUGUGUGUUUAAUAUGUUUGGUAGAAAUCAUUUGGGAUUGGAUGAGAGUGCAUGUACACCCACAGGAAAGUUGCAGCGUGAAGCCGGUGACUCGAUUGAGUAUCAAUUGUUUGGAUUUGAAUUGUCACAUGAUCCGACUACACGACAAUCAAAAAUGGAUAUGAAAAUUCGUGAUUUGCUCGUUAUGAAUCCAAUGGUAUCAAGAAGAACCUGGUUUAAAUUACCAAUAUCAUAUGUUACAAAAUUGUUCAAUAAAAACUUUUGGAAAGGUAACACUGAAAUGGAUUCAUUACGUGUCAGUCCUGACGAAUUAGCAUCAUGGGAAGGGAAGUAA